AUGUCCCUCGACCUUUCACUCCCGCCCACUUGCCCCGCUCUCUGUGGUUACGGCGAUUACAGCUGGGACCAGGCCACCUUCGCCCUAUACACACUUAUUGACCUUUCACCAGAGGAAACAACCAAGCUACUGUCCAUCCUAAACAAAGAAUGGCUCGAAGACAGUCCUAACCCGAUUGUUCGCACCCCAAAAGUCCACAACCUAGCCGGUAAAACCCUCAAGGACGUCGUCCAGGCUCAUGUGAACCUUGACAAGGAAAUCAGCCCCGUCUCCGGCGGCGAGGCAAAGGGGGACUUAGGCUGGUAUCCAACGGCGUUCAUCGUGGUGACGACGCGAGACUGGGUCAAUCGGGGAUUACUCGUUGUAUAUCUGGAUGAUACCGAUGAUGAGGAGGGCAAUAAGCCGGAUCCGGAGGUUCGGAGAAUGGAUAAGUUUUUCUUUGAGGUUGGGGAUGCGUCGCUGUUACUGGCGAGCUUUAGUUUCGGGGACUUGGCUUUUGUGGAUGCUAAGGAGCAGUAUGGGCUUGAGUAG